GUUCCUGCGAACUUUCUACAUGGACUGACAUUUUACUGCUCAGACUUCAACUUCAUUCGCGCACUUGCCGCCUGCAGUCGGGAGACCAGUGAAGCAAUGGGCAAUGAAGAAUACUGGGUUGGAAAGCACAUAUUUCUCAAUGUGCCGGAGCUUGCUCGCAGUGACCGAACACUGCUGGCAGCAGCCAAUCUUUUCAGGCAGGCUUUAUCCAUUAGCUUUGACAUUCCGCAGCUGCCGCUUCUGCACCAGAUACCUCCUCGGGCGGUGGUGUCUUGGCAAUGUCUUCCUCUCCAUCUUCCAGGGAGAAAUGUGAGUGGCUGGGUGUCAGGUCAUCCACUUUUCGGAGCUGCCCGUUUCUCUUUGACUUUGGCGCCGAACACCAGAAGUGUUUUUGUCGGUGCAAAAACUCACGGCAGCAAUCGACGCUCAUACGUGCUUCUGGAGAAUCCAUACACUCAUGCUUGCAGAGUCAGCCUCGGAAUAACGGGCGCCACGCCCGUCGCAGGGCCAACAGGCCCUGUGCUUGAAGCGAUCGCGGCAGCCAAUUCUCCGAAUGAGGUUGUCUUGAAGUGGGACAAUCAGUCCAUUGAGCUGAUGCUCAAUGGACGCAGACUUGGUGGGGGGUGUUCUCUAUGCAGCAAGGAGCAGGCCAUUGAGGUUCAUAUGUGGGCGGUCUGUCCCGCGUGUCGACAUUGGUUCUGUGCGUCUCACAUGCAGAGCAUGCCACUGCGGUCCUGUGAUGUUUGUGGGCGCGUGAAUUACAAGGAUUUUGUCGGCGGGUCCGCUCUAGCGGAGGUUACUGGUGCUCUGGCACAAUGCUACAAGCACGCAGGAGAGCUCUGGCAAGAACUUCAGACCGGUCGAGCCCAUGGCACUGGCAGCAAGUUCCGUGCGACAGUGGUCGGUAUCCUACAGAAGCACGUCCAUACCCUCCUGGAGAUUCCUGCCCUUUUGCAACUACUGCCAGAUCCUCAUGAACGCCAAGUCAUGAGCAAACGGAGAUGGGAACGCGUGCUCUACAGAGCACGAGUCAUUCUAGAUUUUUUUCAGCAGCACAGGCACAAAAUGCUUUUCCGGUACCUCCACGCAGAAGCCGAGAAGCUGCCGCUUGCAAAGCAGAGCUUCCUGAUUGAAUUGGCCGAUCCAGAAGACGGCAGUGUUCUUCCAGAUCUCUGGCGCAGCGAAGCCGGAACCGCUGCUGUGACGCUUCAAUGUUACUUGGUUCAAGAAGAAAAGCAGGGCUCUAAAGAAUCGCACCAAGUCGACGAAGGACCCGUGCGACUUUCUUCCAUUGAAGAAAAGCGACCUGCGUUGCAUGUGCUGGGCGGCGCCAGCCAGGCUUUGGUUGACUGCCCAGAAGUUUCUGAGCGUGUGGCAGAAGAUUGCAAUGGAGGUUCUACAGCACUGCGUGAUUCCUGUCCGGAGAUCUAUGCUCCUUGUGAGCAACCAAAAACAAUUUGGGUCUUUCAGAUGCCAGGGAUACCAUCCACUCGGAUGCAGGCGCAGCCGGGCCAAAUUCCGAUCGUGCGUGUUGGUAGCGACCGCAACUUCUGGGCCUCCGGCUCCGAAGUACUUCCGGUCGUCAACUACGGUCUGGAUAUAGCGUCACUGCUGUUUAUGGUCGUGCCUCCACUGCCGCUUUGCAAUGCCGCGACACCAAAUCCGCGUUAUUUUCUUCUGAGGAUUGGAGCACGUCCGCUCUCAAGAGCUAUGGUUAUUCGUUUCAAAGAUACGCCGACCUGGUCUGAACUUUGGGCAUUCCUAGCACGCCGGGCUUGGUUUCAUCCCAACGAAAACCGCUUUUAUGGACUAGAGUUCGGAGAUGUUUUGCUUACCGAGCACGACAGCCUUGCUUGGCUUCCUCCGCAAACAUUGCUUCAGCUCGUCAUGUUUCCAAAUUACUCGCCCUCAAGUCAAGUCCAGGGUCGAUGCUACAUCCGCGCCGCACGAGCUGGACGCUUGGGCUCUUUGCACAAAGCACACUGCGCACUAGUAUUGCACCAUGUGCGCGUUCGUUCCGAUGAAAGCAACCAGCUGGCCAUGGCUGCAAUUCCAAUGUGCAUUCACCCGGUCCUGAUUCGAGCGAACUUGGGAGUCUGGUACGCAGAUGGUCAUGAGUGGCUUCCCUUCGAGUUGCUCCCUGGCACGGCUACAGGACAUCCGAUCUGGAGCUUCGCGAGAUCCUGCACCGCUGCGCUGACAGGGGCUGUCUUCAGCGCUAUGGACGAGGCGCAAAGCCAAGCAUCCUUCGACCUUCCAGACUAUGGGGAAGCGCCGGACGAGGACAUAGAAGUCCCUCGCGAUCUGCUCCUGGCUCCUGAGACGAACGAGGCCGUGCUCCGCGACGAAGCCGCUCGGCAAGCGCCCGAGCAACAGCUCUCCCAGGAGCCGACGUGCAGAGACUUGUCGCCGCAUGAUGUAGUGGGGAAUGAUUUCAAUAGCGAAGUGCUGGCCCGGGCGCGGCAGCGUCGUCGCAAAGAGGGCGCUCCAACAAGCAUACCAGAAUUCAAGGAGUCCUUCCGUCAGCUACGAACCAUUGCACAAAGAUCGCUGAGAACCGUGGCACCUUUGCAGAAU